AUGAGUCGGGGGCUGACUCGGCCACAACUGGUGAUGUAUAACAUGAAGACUCCCCACCCUGUCACCAUGAGCCUGUGCCAAAGAGACUUCGAUUUGGCCGACGCUCUCGACGACCCCGAACCCACCAGGAAGCCAAGCUCAGAUAUCUACCCAAAGCCAAAGCCGCCUCCUCAGCCGCAGCCUGGAUACCCGGACAGUGGAGGAAGGUACUUCGACAACAUAGAUCACAACGAUGGACGCUACCCGCCCAGACCCCAGCCUCCUGCAGGCGGUGGCGGCCGAAACCCCAACUAUGACAGCUACGGAAACACGCACGGUGGAGAUGGACCUUCCACUUACGGCAACCCUGAAGGCAACACCGUCGCCAAGAUCGUGUCUCCCAUCGUUUCUGUCGUGGUGGUAGCGCUGGUGGGGGCGGCCACCAGCUACUUCACCUACAACCGGAGGAGAAACUGCUUCAGGAAACCAGAGAAUGUCUGA